AUGGUCUUUGUGACCGGUUACCUGGACCAGACUCAGCCAGUGGGCAGCGGGCACCACGUCAGGAUGCCCAGCAUCUUCGCCUACCAGAGCUCCGAGGUGGACUGGUGUGAGAGUAACUUUCAGCACUCGGAGCUGGUGGCCGAGUUCUACAACACGUUCAGCAAUGUCACCUUCUUCAUCUUUGGGCCUCUCAUGAUGUUUCUGAUGUACCCCUAUGCCCAGAAACGCUCCCGCUGCAUUUAUAUCACUUGGAUCCUCUUUAUGGUCAUAGGCCUAUUCUCCAUGUAUUUCCACAUGACGCUUAGCCUCCUGGGCCAGCUGCUGGAUGAGAUUGCUAUCCUGUGGCUGCUGGCCAGUAGUUACAGCAUAUGGAUGCCUCGCUGUUACUUCCCCACUUUCCUAGGAGAGAACAGGCCCCGGUUCACCUGUCUGGUCCUCAUCACCACAGUGGUCAGCACCUUCCUGUCCUUCCUGAGACCUGUGAUCAACGCAUACGCUCUCAACAGCAUCGCUGUGCACAUCCUCUACAUCGUGUUCCAGGAGUAUAAGAAGACCAACAACAAGGAGCUUCGGCACAUAAUGGAGGUGUCUGUAGUGUUGUGGGCUUUCGCGCUGACCAGCUGGAUCAGUGACCGCGUGCUUUGCAGUUUCUGGCAAUGGAUUAACUUCUUUUACCUGCACAGCAUCUGGCAUGUGCUUAUCAGCAUCACCUUUCCUUAUGGCAUGGUUACCAUGGCCUUGGUGGACGCCAGGUAUGAGAUGCCAGGUCACACCCUCAAAGUCCGCUACUGGCCUCGGGACACGUGGCCCGUGGGGCUCCCCUACGUGGAAGUCAGUGAUGACAAGAACUGCUGAUGUCUGCCAGUUUCUUGACCAGCCAACCACCCGCCAAGUCAAGUCCCCUGUGUCUUGAGGAAGGAGGACUGUAUCGGGAGUCUGAGAGACACUCGCGGUUCUUUCCUCCAGCUCCCUUUCCCCUUCCUCCCCGUCCUGCGCGGCCCCGCCCCAAGACAGGGGACCUCGCGACCCUUCCGUGCAGUAGUCUGAUGACCUGGGGGAGCUGCCCGGCAUGGGUCCACUCCACGACCCGCCCUUACUCUCUUUCAGUUCCUCUUUCGUGUUCACUUUGUGAGGCUGGGUCCCCACGGGCUGCGAUCACCCGGCAUCCACUGCGAAUGGCCUCAGGCGGGGGCUUGGUCCCCGGGCAUCUCAUAAAUAGCGGUGGUCACUGCUGGACCUGUCCUCGGCCAUGCAAUGAGCUCGCGGUUUGUGACUUCGAGCCCCGCGUCGGGCUCCGUGCUGACAGCUCGGAGCCGGUUUCCGAUUCUGC